GUACCUUCCAAGGACCUAGAAGAGGCUCUCUUCAUUUCUAAGUAGAACUUUCGUAGAGCAACAUUGAUUUCAUUCUUCCACGAUGGAAAAUUGUUUUAUUUUGAGUGAAAAAGGGAAAAAGCUUUUGGUUUUUGCAAAUCAUAAAUAUUAUAAGGCUCAUGUGGCUACAGAUGGGAAAGUGCGUUGGAGGUGUAUACGGAGCAAGGAAGAAUGUUGUCCAGCAAAACUACAUACAGCGAGCAUUGACAGUAAUGUUGUGAUUGACAAAGAGGGAAAUCAUAAUCAUGUAGAGGAUCCCCAACUUGCAGGUUCUCCUUAUGUAGGACCAGCUCCUGGUAUCAGUGAUAAACGGAAAUUUCCGGGAAACCAGUAUCAAAACCCGGCAAAAAUUUCGCACUCUGAAUUAAAAACAAAUCACUCCUCACCGGAUAUCACCAUUGUCGAUUGUGUUCGUCGUGAAGUCCUUCCAACUCAACCCCCAGAGCAAUUUGGGCUUUGUCAAAAUUAUCAAGUACAAGCCACGCAUGAAUUACAUUGCAGUUUGAAUGCUGUUAAUCUUCAAUUAGAGUUAACACGGAAUGAGAAUAGGAUGUUGAAAGACAUGUGCCAUCAAAAUACAAUAACAUUUCAAAAACAAGCAAAAGCCGAAUCUGACAAAUGCUUAGCAUUCACAGGAUAUCUCGGAAAUGUAAUAACUGACUUACAAAAUAAUUUACAAGAAAAAAUGAAGAUUAUUCAACAACAGAAUGAAGAUGCACAUAAAAUGAGAGCAGAGAAUGAAAUCCUCAAAGAACAAAUCAAUUCGUUACUAGGAAAAGUUGAGAAAAGUGAAAAAUGUCUGUUUGAUUUGAAUGAUGCUCUAGCCAAAAGAACAGAUGAAAUUAAUGUAAUUAGUUGCAUGAAAGUUGAAUAUGGUGAUAGCAAUGAGAGUAGCCAGGAAGUAAUUAUUCCAACGGAUCCUGAAAAUUGCCACGAAUGCAGACAAAAUAAGAUAACUACUGAGAAUUCUCUGAUAUUGGUAGAAAAUUAUGCAAAGAAAAUGGAUGAAUUGGCACACCUACUACAUAGCAAAACUAGGAAAAUUCAUUCAUGAAUGAAACUGAACUCAGCCAACUUGACUUUUAAGGAAUAGAAUUAAUUAUUUUAGAUUAUAAACAAAUUUUAUAAAAUUAUACCAAAGUUAUGAGAAAUUUAUUUCUUCAAUUUUUAUUAAAAGUACAUAUAUGUAAAGUAGUUUUCAUAUUGUUAAUAAAUAAAUAAUAGGCAAUAUUUGUAUUAUAUAAGAGGACAAUAAAUCUUUAAGAUCUUGCA